AUGUGCAGCGCGCUCGAGAUCCUCGGUAUCCCCUGCUGGCACUCAAUCUACUUCUUCUCCGAUCGGUUCGGCGACAUCGAAAUGUGGCAAGAAGGUUUAGACAGAAAGUUCUUUGACGCCCCAGGCCCAAAAUACGGCCGCGAAGAGUUCGAUCAACUUCUUCACGACUUCGGAGCCGUCUCCUCAGAUACCCCCGCCAUUUCAUUCGCAGACGAUCUCAUUGAAGCUUACCCCGAGGCGAAAGUUGUGCUUGUCGAGCGGGAGAUCGAAUCAUGGUACAAGAGCUGGAUGAAUGCUGUUAUCAAGAAUACUUAUGAAUCUCCUUUUGUAACAUUUGUCUAUACCGUUGAUCGGUGGUUUACGCGGCCACUCGGGCGGGUGCAUAAGUCUUCGUUCAAGGGGUGGUUGGGCAUCGACUCAGCGGAGGAUGCGAGACGGGUGAGCAGGGAAAAGUAUCGGGAACAUUAUGCGCUUGUGAGGAGACUUACGCCUGCGGAGAGAUUGUUGGAGUUUAAGUUGACUGAUGGAUGGGGGCCUUUGUGUAAAUUUCUGGGCAAGCCUGUGCCGGAUGUGCCGUUUCCUCAUGUGAAUGAGAAGAAAUGGCUGGAUGAGAAGGUACAACUGGGUCUGCGGCGUGGGAUGAAGCGAAUGGCAUGGAAGGUUUUGGUGUGGGGGUUGGUGCCAUUGGCCGUGGCUGUAUUGGUAUAUCAAGGUCUAUGA